UAUGUGUGCGGUUUGGCCAUGAGGACAGUAGAAACUGAAAAAUUCGUGGUUUCUGCUAGCUUAUCUUUGUUUCUAAGGGUGUCCGAGCUAGCAUCAGCUAACACUCAGGUUUUCAAACUCCAAACUGCCAGGACACUUUUCCGAAAAAAGAGAGGUGCUGAGCAAUGAGCGCACCCUGACCAGUUUUUCCCUUUCUUUUUUCUUUCCUCUGGCAUUUUUAGAUAAACUUUCAGCAGCAAAGGAGCCUGAAUCACUUUUUGAACUUUUUAUAGUUAGUAAAACUUGUUUUUUUUUGCUAGUUCGCCAUGGAGAGCCGGAGCAGCAGGGCUGCUACACAGGAGUACCCCAACCCUUUCAUUCAUGAGCUGAAGCUGACCAAGGCGCAGUGGAUCAAGGGCAUAAUCCUGGGCUGCACCCUGCUCCCCAUACGGGUCUUCCUGGCGUGGAUCUUGUUAAUCGCUGCUUGGAUCGUCGCUCUGCCGAGAUUGGCUGGCCUGUCUCAGGAGGAACGCUCCAAACCCUUAUCAGGCUGGCGCCGCUGGUUGUUCCACCCGAUCCUGUGGCUGCUGGGCCGUGCAGUGUUCUUCUGCGUGGGCUUCCAUUGGGUUAAGGUGAAAGGUCGUAAGGCGGAUGUGAAGGAGGCGCCGAUCCUGGUAGUGGCGCCCCACAGCAGCUUCUUGGACAUGGUGAUCAUGUUUCCAGCCGGGGUGCCGUCAGUUGUGUCGCGGUCGGAAAACAUAAACCUGCCGGUCAUAGGAGCUCUGCUGGAGUGCAAUCAGUCUGUUCUUGUGAGCAGGAGGGAUCCUGACUCCAGGAAAGAAGCCGUCUCAGAGCUAAACAAGAGGGUCACCUCCGAUGGAUCCUGGCCUCAGAUACUGAUGUUUCCUGAAGGAACCACAACUAAUGGCUGCUGUCUGCUCAGAUUCAAGACUGGUGCUUUCGUUCCCGGCGUCCCCGUCCAGCCCGUCGUGUUGCAUUACCCCAACGAGCUGGAUACUAUUCGCUGGACAUACAAAGGAAGCAACUGGUUUCAGGUGCUGUUUCACACGCUUUCACAGCCGUACACCAACAUCACUAUUGAGUUCCUGCCGGUUUACACUCCGUCCGAGGAGGAGAAGAAGAACUCCAGACUGUUUGCAGGCAACGUUCAGAAAGUCAUGGCGAGCGCUCUGGGAGUCCCUGCCUCAGACUACGUGAUGGCAGGCCGGAUUCCAGUCAGUAAGCUGAAUGACCUCUCUGUCCCGCUUGAGUCUCCUGGGAAAGAAGCAAUGACACUUCUAUACAGAAAAGGUCUGGGCCCACGUGAUGUAGAGGCAGCGUUGGACAGGAUGAUUGACAGGUGUCGCUCAGGAGCCGAGGGCACAAAGGCCAACGCAGAGGAGCUCGCCUCCAUUCUCGGGCUUAACAAAAAGACAGCCAUCCACAUCUGCAGCCUCUACUCUAAGGAUGACACUGUGGACCUCAGACACAUCUACUUCAAUAUGGCAGCCCUUAUCGGACAUGUGGACGAGAUCUCUCUGUUUCACUCUGCUUUCGCUGCGUUCGACAGAGAGGGCAGAGGCAGUCUGACUAAAGAGGAGCUGACCGAGCUCAUGGGAGCACUGCUGGGUGUUCCUCAGCAGAGCACCGAGGAGCUCUACGACACUGCCACCGAGGACCAGGAGCAGCUCACUGAAGAGUGCACGAUGGCGGGGCCAGAUAGAAACAACAGAAACAGCUAAAGAUUGUAUUUUCAGCUUUUAAGUCUUUUUUUCCAGCUCUUAUGUUUCAAAAAGUGUUACAUAUCCUAUUAGUCUGCACCGACACAGAAAAGCCAAAAAAAGAACCUCUGAGGUUUAAAGUUAGUCUGAGUGAUGCUGCUGUGGUGCUCUGAGGUGUGAGGACAGCUCCUGUUUGUUUUCAUCCUCAUCGUGUACAGUCACUGUCAUUUGUAUUUAUAACCUUUCCACUCAUAUGUGUUUUAGUGACUUUUGUGUUGUUAAAGGGAUAACGAUGAUGAUGA